ACAUCCAGACUAGCUUCUUCAACAUCUUCACCUCUUUUCUCCUCCUCUUUUAGCAACAGCAGCAGCACAAACCAAGAAGAACUCUCAGGGGCUUAUUACAUCAGGAGCCUUGUGAAGAAGCAUCUGAUGAGCUCCUCGUCAUCCCCGGCAAGAUCCCUGCACGAGGACCAUCACCUCAACACCAUGGCCAACACCACCAUACCACACGAUCAUCACCGGCCGCAGACGCAGCAGGAGCAAGCCGAGCAACCACCGGUUGCGAUGAAGCCACUGGUGAAGAAGCAGGCACGGAGGAGGACGCACGCGAGCAGGCCGUACCAGGAGAGGCUGCUCAACAUGGCGGAGGCCCGCCGGGAGAUCGUCAACGCCCUCAAGAUCCACCGGGCCAACAUGAGGCACCAACCCUGCACGUACCAGCAUCAGGCCGAUACGCUGCCCCCGCUUCGUCAGUCACCGUUGCAGCAGCUGCAACAGCAAGAACAGCAGCGGCAGGAAGUUCAAGUGGUGUUUCAGGAUCGAAGCCAAGCGGUUGAAGAAGGAGGAGCUCUUCUGGCGCCGGCGAGCUACGCCUCCUACUCCGACCAUCAGCUGCGCAACCCACUUGCGCAUUGGAUUUCUUCCGCCGCUCCUGCUGGUAGCUGCUACUCGUCACCCAUUCUUCCUUAUUACGACACGCCACUUGAAGCGCCGAUGCGGACCGCCAUGGGUGACUUGGAGCAGUUGGCUCGCAGCCUCCCUGCACAGCCACUAGGGCUGAACCUUAGCUUCCAAGGUUUUGGUGGCUCCGUCGUCGAUGGUUCCAGGGACUGUGAAGGUCUCUUUGGCGUUCCGGUGAUCCAGUCCACAUCACCAGCUGCCUCCUCUUACUCGUCUCCGGCGACGGAGAUGGCGAGCGGCACGUAUGGAUCACCAGUGCUCAUCAGCACCGCGGAGAAGUACUCGUCGUCGGUCGAUGCACCGGCGGCGUUGAUCGCCCCGGUGCUGGAUGACGGGGGCACGCAGUCGGCCGGCGAGACGCAGGGGGUGGAGUGGUGGGGCGAGGCGACGACCGCGUGGUGGAGCAAGGCCCUCCUCGAGAGCAUGGAGAUCGGCGGCGAGGUCGCGGAGGGUGGCGCAGUUGGCUGCACGCCGGAGGACGUGGCGGCGGCGGCGGCCGGUUUGCCGGCGGCGGAGUGGCGGUGGCUGUGCGACGACAGCGUCGGCGAGCAAGGCACGGUCACGGGGACCGAUGAUAAACCGCCGGACUUCAUCGAGAUGCUUGCCGACGGCGACUACUACGCCUGCUGCUACGACGAUGGGCGUUGCCGCAGCGACGGCUGCGAUGGCAUCACCUUGCCGUGCAUGGAUGGCAUCGGCGACAUUGAAGGAUCGGACGGGGAGUGGUUCUCAUGCUCAUGAUCGCAACACCUGCUCCAUCGAUCCCGUUUACGAAGCCUGCCGCGCAUUUCUGUACACCAAAUUCAGUGCGUUUAUGCAUGUGAUUCGAAUCGAUUUUGACAACGUGA